AAAAAUAAAGGAAAAAUGUUGCCACUGUCACUUUUAAAAACAGCACAGAGUCACCCUAUGCUGGUGGAGCUAAAAAAUGGUGAAACUUACAAUGGACACUUAGUAAGUUGCGACUCCUGGAUGAAUAUUAAUUUACGCGACGUAAUUUGCACUUCAAAGGAUGGCGACCGGUUUUGGCGAAUGCCAGAAUGCUAUAUACGAGGAAGUACAAUCAAGUAUUUGCGUAUUCCCGAUGAAGUUAUUGAUAUGGUGAAGGAGGAUGCUCAAGCCAAAUCGCGUAAUCGCGCGGAACUCAACAAAAAUCGUGGCGGCAAUUCUUCACAAAACCAAAAUCAACGAGGUGCCCGCGGCGGGAACAGAAAUAAUUUCGGUAUUCGCAGUGGUCCAACUGGUGGAGGUUUAGGGAAUGGCGGGAUGCGUGCUGGACCUUCAGGGCAAGGAAAUCGACCUUUAGCACAGGGAAAUAAGCUUAGAAAGUAAUAUAAUGUAACUAAUCGUAGACAUGAUUAAAACUUCGACCUCAUCCUUUUAUAUAAAUGCGCAUUUUGUUAAUUAAAGAAUU